UCUUACAAUAUUUUAGAAUCCGAUGCAAUGCAAUACGUAUAGGCAAGAAAUGGUUAGUGAAAGUCCUCAAGUUUUGUCUGUUUUCCGCCAUUGAUUCUCCUGUUUUAGACCCUGAUUGAUUAAAUUAAUGGAACCAUUAUUUUACGUUGAGUUCAUUUUUAACUUUUUUUAAUAUUUUUUCAUUGCCCAUGGUUAGAUCUAAACUAAAAAAAAAUUCCACCCUGUUGUAUAUUUGACAAAAAGACCCAUCAAAGAAAAAAAAACAAAAAAGGGGAAGAUUUGCUGCUCAAAACAGGUAUCUGACACCUCCCCAAAGACAUAGGGGUGUUAGAAUCUGGUCUGGAAAAUCAAACAAAGUUUACCCUGUCCAUUUUUUUCUUCGAUGAAUCCUAGAAUGCAAAGCAAUUAUUAUUAAGUCUUUCAUUAAUUGCCUCAAAAGAACCAUUACUGAAUUCAUCAAAGGAAAAAAGGGGUGACAUAUGGAUAGGUUCCCUGAUGUUCUGUGUGGUUGGAGCUGGGAGGAGAACAAGUUGUUUGAGCUGGCUUUAGCAGUGGUCGAUGAACAACACCCUGAUCGUUGGGAAGUGGUAGCCGCCAUGGUUGGAGGGGAAAAAACUGCAGAAGAUGUGCAUAAACAUUAUGUCAUACUUUUGGAGGAUUUGCAGUUUAUCGAAUCGGGUAAACUCGACCAUAAACUUGCCGAAACUCAGUCCUGUAUUCAACUUGACUGCACUCAAUCUGUAUGCUGGACUGAUGAUGAUAACAACUUGCUGGUUCGAUUAGACAUAAAAUGAUCCCCAGAGCUACUGUAUUGCUGGUUUAUUAUGAAAGCAGAUUUGGUCACUGGUGGCUGUGCCAGAACUUACGCCCCACACGAAUGCAGGUCAUAUUAAUAUAUCAAUUCUAAUGUUAUAUCCCUUGUUCCUUGAUGUAAUCACUUUCUUCAUUGUAAAACAGAAUUUAUGGGAGAAAAAAAUCAACUUUGCAAUUUGUAGAUAGUAGAAA